AUGGUUUUUACACUUGACGAAGAUAUUGAAGAAUUAUGUAUUAGUGAUGAUGAUUGUGAAGAGGCACCUCAGCAACUUUUACAACCAAUGGGCGCUGAACAUGUCGGUAAACAUAGAAGGAAGUCAUCUGUUCUCGAGAAGUUCCCUGUAGUUGCACCUCUACAUUCGAGAAGAUUAUCACUUUCAGUAGGCGAAGGUCAAGGACAAGGUGUUGAUCCAAGACUUUUAGCAGAUUUUAAACCUGUUCGUGUAUUAGGUAAGGGCGCCUAUGGUAAAGUAGUAUUGGUUAAAGAUGAGCGUACUUCCAAAUUGUAUGCCAUGAAACAAUUACAGAAAGCUGAAAUUAUUAUUGAAAACGAUGAAUCUCAGGAUGUUUCCAAACGUGUGGAAAGAAUCUUCGCUGAAAGAACCAUUUUAUCUCAAUUGGAUCAUCCUAACGUUGUAAAACUUUUCUACACGUUCCAUGAUAAUUCGAGACUCUAUUUGCUCUUACAAUAUAUUCCAGGCGGUGAACUUUUCUACCAUCUUAAGGAACGUGGUACUCUAGAUGAAGAUACUGCUGCCUUUUAUGCGGCAGAAAUUAGUUGUGCACUAAAGUUUUUACAUGAAAAGGGAAUUGUCUACCGUGAUUUGAAGCCUGAAAACUGCUUGUUGGAUGCAGAUGGCCAUCUAGUCUUGACUGAUUUCGGUCUAAGUAAGAAGAGUGUAGACGAUAACAAUUCAUUAUCAGCACCUGAAGAUGUUUCUGUUUUACAUUCAAUAAUUGGUACUCCGGAAUACUGCGCACCAGAAAUCUUGAAAGGCGAACCUUAUACACGUAACUGUGAUUGGUAUUCUCUAGGAUGUCUAGUAUACGAUAUGCUAGUGGGCAAACCUCCAUAUACCGGUGUUAAUCACAAGGUUAUUCUUAACAAGAUUCAAAAGGAAAAGCAAGGUCCCCGUCUUCCAUACUACCUCAGUGAUGGCAUGAAAGACUGGUUAGGUGCUCUGCUUAAGAAAGAUUGCAACAAGCGUUGGGACGUGGACCGUUAUUGGGCAGCCCAACCGCAAGCACAACAAGCACAGCAACAACGCAGAAGGAAGAAAAAAGCUGGUCAGGAACGUACUUCACCCUAUACCAGCCAUUUCGUGUUUCGUAAAAUCAAUUGGGCCAAGAUACAAGAUGGUCCGCUACAAAAGUCUGAACAAGGCCCCAUCGUACCUAUCAUUACGGAUCUCGAGCUAGCGGAAAAUUUUGACGAAGAGUUUACUUCGUUGCCCUUCGAGGAAAAUCCACAGGGAAGAGACAUUCCUAAGUCAGACAUCUUCAAGGGAUUCAGCUACAAGGCCAGCGGUAGCUACUUAGAGAAGUACUUUUAA